AUGGACAGUUCCGAUACGUUCCUGGCGAUUCACAUGAUGUAUGGACAAGAGGUCCAAAUACUGACCCGACACAACGGAUUGAUGCGCGCCUUGCCGCCUCGGAGCCGCCCCCCUGUUCAAAAAGUCGCAUCAACAGGCUUGAUUGAGACUCAUCGGCCCCUCUUUGCGGCUUGCGGCCCUCGAGGAUCGUGGCCACGUGUGUGA